AUCAGCGUCGCCCGUGCUCCCGUGCAGACCGACACCGGCUCACGCCUCGGCUCCGUUUCCGCUCGAUUGUCACCAGCACUGGGAGGACAGCGUUGAUCUAUUUCGAUUGAGCUCCGCGGAGCUCGAGUGAUCCCAUCGGGAUGCGGGCGGGAGUUUUCCCCCGCCGGCUGCCCGCGGGACAGAUGCGUGCCGAAGGUUAACUUUCCUUUUCCCCCAAACGAAACCUUCCCUCCCCGGCUCGGCCUGCGCUUCCACGUUUCGGGGACACUACCUGAGCUGCUGACUCACUGCGUCCGCCCUCUCUCAGGAACGCGAAAGUGAAACUUCCCGCGAGGCCAUAAAUACCCCAGCAGAGGCGCGGACAGCAAGCAGACGACUCCAGCCUCCAGCCCUCAAGGCCCAUUCGCCCGCCCGCAGCCGGACAGCAUGUCUGCCUUCUGGGACGAAGUCAAACCCGGGGACCUGAUCGAGAUCUUCAGGCUGGGAUACCAGCACUGGGCCCUCUACGUGGGGAACGGCUACAUCGUCCACCUGGCUCCACCCAGUGAAGUGGCGGGGGCCGGCCCAUCCAGCAUGAUGUCCCUGACGUGCGACAAGGCCGUGGUGAAAAGGGAGCGUCUGCGCCGCGUGGCGGGGGACGACAGGUUCCGCGUGAACAACGCGCUGGACAGGAAGCGCCGGCCACGCCCGGCCUACGAGAUCGUGAAGGACGCGGAGAGCCUGGUGGGCAAGUGGCUGGAGUACAGCGUGGUGACCAGCAACUGCGAGCACUUCGUCAACGAGCUGCGCUACGGCACGGCGGAGUCCCUGCAGGUUCAAGACACAGUGACGGCCGUUGUCACGGCCACAGUGGUCCUGGGUGCGGUGGGUGCUAUGGUUUCCCUGUUUUCGAACAGGAAGGAGAGAAAUAACAAGAAGUGGUGAAGAGCUGCCGAUCUCCAGAAGGAACCCCAUCGUCGUGCUGCACCCCAACAAUGACAGCUUGAAGCCAAUUGAUCGCAGGGUCUCAUCCAGCUGGGAUCUUGAAAGCCCAGCUGGGGGAUGUGUUCCACACUCCCACCUCUCUUCCUGUAAAACCAGUGCCUCAUGUCCUGAUGGGACAACCUCGCCCGUCUGUUUCCUGAAAGAAACCGGGGUAUCGUCAUCGGCAAUGUGGCUGGGCAGCUCGUUCCACACUCCCACCACCCUCAGCGUAAAGAAGCACUUCCACUUGUGCCCUCUCCUCCGGCAGCUCGUUUUUUACCGUAGUGAAUUACACCACCUCUAGAUCAACUCCAGACUGAUCACCCAGCUCCCCGAUCAAUAAGUUGCCUAAUAUCGACGCUCACCUUUGCCAGAUGUUUUUUGUACCUAAGCCAGUGACUGGAAGUGGUUCAUUUUAGACCUCUGAGGUUCAGAUGUGUGGUCCUUUAUUAACCUUUACUCAUUAUUUUGUAAUUAAAUUGUAUUUAAAGUUUAACGUAUACCGUAUGCAGCCAGUCCUCUGACAUACCUGUACAUUUUGUGAACAAGAUGUCGGCCUUUCAUAAUAAAAUGAACAGUGAAAAUUAAAAUUAAAUGAAAAGAAAACGUC